AACCAAUAAAAUCUUUAUAAAAAAAAGAAAGAAAAGUCUGUAAGAAAACAACCAAGCUCCGAGAGCCCCAAGGACCUUACUUGUAUCUUAUCCAUCUUAUACAAUAAAAUUUCUAGUUCUUUCAUAAGGGUUCACAAAACUAAAAUCUCUUCUGGCACUGAACAUGUUCACCCAAAGUGCCUCGAUUACAUAGAUGUGUUUGUUUUUUAGUUUGCCUACAAAGAUGACCUGCUGUGGGGAUUGCUGUGGCUCUUGUGGGGACACCUGUGGAAACUGUGGGGCCGUGCUUGUGUGUGUGCCCUGCUGUGGAUGUCAAUCAUGCUGUGUUCCCUGCUGUGGUCAGUCAUCUGGCUCCUCUUGCGGUGGCCAGUCCUCCUGCUCUCCCUGCUGUGGGACUAAAUCCAGCUGUGGCCAGUCCUGUUGUGGUGGUCAGUCCUCCUGCUCUUCCUGUGGUGGCAGCAAAUCCAGCUGUGGUCAGUCUUCCUGCUCUCCCUGCUGUGGAACUAAAUCCAGCUGUGGCCAGUCCUGUUGCGGUUGUCAGUCCUCCUGCUCUUCCUGUGGUAGCAGCAAAUCCAGCUGUGGUCAGUCCUCCUGCUCUCCCUGCUGUGGAACUAAAUCCAGCUGUGGCCAGUCCUGUUGCGGUGGUCAGUCCUCCUGCUCUUCCUGUGGUGGCAGCAAAUCCAGCUGUGGUCAGUCCUCCUGCUCUCCCUGCUGUGGAACUAAAUCCAGCUGUGGCCAGUCCUGUUGCGGUGGUCAGUCCUCCUGCUCUUCCUGCGGUGGUAGCAAAUCCAGCUGUGGCAAGUCCUGUUGCGGUGGUCAGUCCUCCUGCUCUUCCUGCGGUGGUAGCAAAUCCAGCUGUGGCAAGUCCUGUUGCGGUGGUCAGUCCUCCUGCUCUUCCUGCGGUGGUAGCAAAUCCAGCUGUGGCCAGUCCUGUUGCGGUGGUCAGUCCUCCUGCUCUUCCUGCGGUGGUAGCAAAUCCAGCUGUGGCCAGUCCUCCUGCUCUUCUUGCAGUGGUGGCAAAUCCAGUUGUGGUCAGUCCUCCUGUGGUGGCCAAUCCAGCUGUGGCCAAUCCUCUUGCUCCCCUUGCCAAUCCAGCUGUGGCCAGUCCUCUUGCUCCCCUUGCCAGUCCAGCUGUUGCCAAUCCUGCUGCUCCCCUUGCAGCUGUGCUCCUCCUUGCAUCCAGACCUGCUGCCCCAUUGUCUGCCCUCCAUGCUGCAAAAAGUAAGAAGCCAACCACCAUAUAAGAAGACCUAAACUCUGCCAACACAACACCAAGAAGAACAGCCCCACCAAUUGUGUCUCUAAUUUCUAAGACUGCCAAGGUCCCUCAUCUGAAUUCCUCUGUACCACGGUGACAUUUUCUUUUCUUUUUCUUCUUCUUCUUCUUUUCCUCACUGUUCUCUGAACUGAAUUCUCUUGAGCCAAGGAAUAAGCUUGUUUGGUAUGUUAAGGUAAAAGGUAUUCUCAUUUCUUCCUGGGUGUCUGGAACCUUUCCUUAUUCUGAAGAUAGCUAUGUAGAAAAAGAAAUAAAAUGAUGAAUCAUCAAAGUUGUCUUGUUGGAACUUGUUUGUCUCUAUCCUUUAUAAUGUCAAAGCUGGAUUUCUGCAAAACAAAUGACAGACUCUGC